CCAAAAAAGUGAGCCCUGAUUGGCCCAUGUGAUCUCUCCUUUCCUCCAGCAGACAGGAAGCGCAUCACUCGAUAAAUUUUCUUCUGCGUUUUGAUUCAACAACAAACGAGUUUCUUUAUUAAGAAAACAGUUGAUAAUAAAAUUGUAGUGUCUCAGAAAAUGAAAAGCACAUUGUAAAGUUAAAAAUAUCAAUUGGCGACGUCUUCCAAGCGCUGUUUGUUGUUCGUGUGCGUUGGCAGAGCUCGACUUCGUUUGUACCUGUUAAGCCCUGAUACGGUUUUAUUUUCACAGUGUUGAGUAGAUCACAGCUCCAUGUUGGCAGGAUGACUACCACAAUAGUUCAUGAUACUUCUGAAGCUGUUAAACUGUGUGCAUCUCAAGGUUUGUACCUGAAACCCAUUGCGAAGAUGACAGUGAGUGUAGCCCUCCCUCAGCUCAAACAGCCAGGGAAGUCCAUUUCCAACUGGGAAGUGAUGGAAAGACUUAAAGCAAUGGUGCAUCCUGACCAGUUCUCUGUCCUUCGCAUCUCAAAGAGCACUAUGGAGUUCAUUCGGUUUGACGGCGAAGUUGAAAACAAGGGCAUUGUAAAAAAGAUUUUAUCAAAGCUAGAUGGAAAGACGAUAAAGCUCAGUGGUUUCAGUGACAUACUAAAAGUCAGAGCAGCCGAGUAUAAAAUGGAGUUCCCUACCCGACAUGACUGGGAUGCGUUCUUUCGUGAUGCCAAAGACAUGAAUGAGACUCUCCCUGGCGAGAGGCCAGACACCAUUCAUUUGGAAGGACUGCCUUGUAAAUGGUUUGCCUCGAAAGACUCUAACUCUGAAAAGCCCUGCGAGUCCAUCCUGAAAACGGUGUUUGAAACAUUUGGAAAGAUCCGCAAUGUGGACAUUCCAAUGCUCGACCCAUACAGAGAGGAUAUGAUGGACAAGAAUUUCCACACCUUCAGCUUUGGGGGUCACUUGAACUUUGAGGGUUAUGUGCAGUAUCAAGAGUACAUAGGGUUUGUUAAGGCGAUGGAUGCGCUCAGGGGAAUGAAGCUGAUGUUCAUCGGAGAAGAUGGAAAGGCAGUAGCGUGUAACAUUAAGGUCUUGUUUGAUACCACCAAGCAUCUGAGUGAAACUGCAAUCAGAAAACGGCAGCUUGAGAGGCAGAAGCUUCAAGAGCUUGAACGUCAGCGAGAAGAAAACAAACGCAAGGAGAAAGAGGAAGCAGAGAGACUGAAGGAAGAAGAAAGGAAGCGGAAGGAGCAGGAAGAGGAGGAAAAGGAGAGAAAGCGGGAGGAGAAGCUGCACAAGAGGGAGCAGAAACAGAGAGAGCGAGAGGAGAAGAAGAACUUGAAGAAGUUUAAAAAGAUGCAAGCAGAGGAGCAGAAAAAACUGCACCAAAAGAUUGUCUUCGAAGAAAGGAAACUUCUGCUGGCCAAGAGAAACCUGGAGUCUAUCCGGCUGAUCGCAGAGUUACUCAGCAGAGCAAAGGCUAUGAAACAGCAGGAGAUGGAGAAGCAGAAAGCAGAAAAAGCAAGGCUCCAGUUACUGGAGGAGAAGCGGAGGCAGCAGGAGGCCGAGCUGCGGCGUGUUGAGGAGGAGAAAUCUCGGGCUCUGGAGCUUCAGAGGAGAGAGAAAGAGCUCCGGGAGAAACUGCUAGGCAACCUUCUGAAGAAGAACACUGGGGGAAGACCUGAGGACAAGGAGGAGCCCAGAGCAGCCCAGCAGCUCAGAUCAAUAGUAAACAUCAGCGGGAUUCACUCCGGUUCAGAACAGUCUACACCAGGUCAACACAACAGUCCAGCUCUUCAUGACACCAAAGCAAAUGGAACAUCAGAUAGGAGCGCAGUAAAUGGGAGCGCAGUAAACGUCAGGAACACUGUCAGAGGGGAUAUUUUGAAGUCAAACUCUGCCACCAGGUCACACUCCCAUGGUUCCGAUGACGGACGCUGCCGUAAGAGCAGCUCCAGGAGACAUUCCAGCCGGGAGCGUAGUAGAUACCAGCACUCUAGUAACGACCGGAGUUGGAGGCCCAGAAAAUCCAGUGAUGAGAACCGGCAGAAUCGCAGGGACAGGAGAGACUCGGGCAAAGAUGACAGCCCGCACCAGAGGGGCAGGAGACGACAUUACAAAGAUUCAAGCCGGGAGCGCAGCCAGCAUCGCAGACACAGCAGACACAGCAGACACAGCUUAAGCAGUGAGAGAAAUCAGCAACAUAAAGGAAGACCCGGCCACCACAGAGGUGGAAGCUGGGAUUAAUGAGCAAGAUAAACGAAGAGUAUAGCUUUUACUGGAGGGAAGAGGAAGCUGGUAUAAGAGACAUUAAAAGGUUAGAGUGUUAGAACUAUGACUUUUAAGUAAAAUAAUGAGCCUGUUUAAUUUUUGGAAUUUUUGCAGUUGAACUAAAUUGGGUAUUGACUUGAGGUAUUAUGGGUGGCGGAGGAAGAAUCCAGUCUGAAAUCUGCACUACAGUAUAGAAAUUAAUAAUGUGGGAAAGUAAGAAAAUAUAUAAAUAAAAAAAAAAACAUAUACAAGUGAUGGAAAUAAAUGGAUGUUGUUUUUUUUUUUUUUUUUUUUUUUUUUUUUUAAUA